UAUAAAACGCACUCGGCCACGGUUGGCGCACAGUCAGUUCACUAUCCGUAGUAACCGUGGCGCGCUACGAUGAGGACCCAUGCACGUGCGCUGCUGUUGAUAAGCCUUGCCGUGCUAUUUUGUGCGGCCAGCGGUGAAGGUGGAAAGCACAAGAAGAAAAACCGACGACACGAGGAGGACCGAUCAGAACAGGUUUACUAUGUCGACCAAAUAGCAUCUGCUUCUGCAAUUUCACCCUGGACAUCGAAUCGCAUCAUCGCCAAAACCACUGAAAAUGGUAAGGAGUCCCAGUACGUGAUCAACGUCGCGCCAGAGGACGAAGUCAUCAUCCACGAUGAGGCCGCCACCGAUCGAGUGUCCGAUCGCGGACCGACGGAUGAGCAGAGCCCGCAGGAUUUCGUUCACGAGGCGUUGCGGAUGCGCCAGCAGUACAUGCAGAGUGGUCCCAAGGGCACGACGGCGAUGCCAGGGACUUCAUUCGUCGAGUACACCACAGUCAAGUACGAUCGGUUUGGCCCGAGUCAAUCACCAGCCAGUCGAGAUUUGGCAGAGCCGCACGUCAUCUACCACACCAAACCUGUUCCCACAAAGCCAUCAUCGACACCUGCACCACCGGUUCCAACUGCACCUCCUGCACCGACCUAUCGGCCGAAACACAUCAAGCCAAAAACCACCAAACCGAUGUUAGUCCACACUGUAACGCCGUACGUAGCGAUCGAUCUGGAGCAACCGGAUCCGAGACCUACGGUUGGGUAUCGGCCUAAGGAGAUGAAGCAGGUCCCUUUGAAGAAUGAGCCCGUAUCGAAAACGGCGCAUCUGCCUGCUGUCAAUAAGGUCGUGCCAGUCAAACAGCAGGAUACGGCGUCCUCGAACGUGUUCGUGCAGGCCGUGCGACCGGAUGAACCUCAGACCUACGGAAGCAGCUAUAACACGCAUCACGACUCGGGAAGCAGUUACCAGGAGUUCCACAAGUUCUCACCAACGGGUGAUUCUGAGGGCAGUAGUUCCAUUUUGACCGUACACAAGGUACGACCGUCGAGUGUACCACACCAUCCGUCACAGCAUAGUUCUAAGCGGCCACGUGAUGGCGAACAGCGCGAAACAUACGUCCAUAGUACGUCUUCAAAACCGAGCCGAACUCCCAGUCCCGUUGAGCUUGGUCGGUAUCGGCCCACAAAGGGGUUCGAGGUGGAGGAAGACUACACACCCAAGUACCAUCAGCAACAUCAGCAAGAGAAGAAACACUUUGCGCCGGAGCUGCCAAAUCCGCAUGUCAAGUACGAGAAAGAGGUUGAGGAGAACUUCCUGAAGCAGCACCAGCAACAACAACAACAGCACCAGAAGCAGGUGCAUCACCACCAACAACUAGAGCAGGAACAUCAACACUAUCAUCACCAUGGUUACGAGACGUCACGACCGGCGAAGAAGGAGAAACCACAGACUACCGAAGGGCCGCAGUAUUAUCCCGUGAAGACCUUCCAUCCUAUUGAGACGAUCACGCAGGUCCAGAUGGAACCGGAACCAAUUCCGGCAGAAGAAGCAUACCGUUACAAGCCCGUAAAGUCUCAUCAUGUCGAUACGUUCAAGCCAUCUGUGGUAAGCUUUGACCGGGAGCCGAUUCCAGCGGUACAACACAAGGAAACGUACGUGUACCAUCCACCUAAGUCUCACCAUGUGGACCCACCGAAGAAGCACGUGGAAAGUAGUGGUGUUAGUAGUGUGUCGUACCACGGAAUCAGCCAUCAGGAGGAGCCUUCAAAUAAACACGUGGUAGAGGUGUCACCGGAUUUCUUAAAGCUCGCCACCGCACGACCAGCGAAGCACAAGUUUGCAGAUCUUCCAAAACCUUCACCAGCACCGUCUUACUCGAAGGUGACGAGCUAUCCGACGUUACAAUCCUCAACACCACAGCGUGACAAGGUUACGUACGAUCCGUACAAGUACCGGCCGAGUCCUACUCCUGAGGUAUCCAGUGCCGGACAAGGAUUCCAGAAAAUCUCCUCCUCGCCGGCAAGCUACCCCAAGUACAUCCCGGCGAAAAUCCCCAGCGAGGUGCCAUCGGAGGUAGGAGUAUCGUACAGCUACAAACCGAGCCACGUAGCUGCCUCGGAAUCCUUCCCUAGCUACAUCCCGUCGUCCACUCCGGAGUCCUUUGGGGCGAGUGUGUCUCAGGACUUUCCCAAAAUGUUCUCCGCCUCUCCAACACCGUACACGAAGUACAGCGGCGUAAGUCCGUCGUCGACUCCCGACACGCUGUACGAGUUCCCGCACAUGAAGGAAACGCCGAAGUCGUUCUCCAAGUUCCAGGAGCCAAAGGCGUAUGAAACGAUCCAUCCGUCGGAGCAGCCGUUCAAGACACUAAGUACUACGAUCUUCAUGAAGCCAUCGACGUCGGAGACCAGCUACGCAUCGCUUCCUGCGACUUCGGGUAAACCCAUCCAGAAUCUUACAACGUCGAUCGCCGGGUUUAAGGCCUCGCCUAGUGACGCCACCAAGACGGAGUACUACACCGAUCCCGAGGUCACGACGUACUACGUGCUGUCAAACGGCACCGAAAUCAAGCUGGGUGACGAUCCGUCUAAGAUACCACAAGAGUUCCGCAUCACCUCGGACGACUCGGCUUUCCUGAGCAGCAACUACUCCACCAAGCUGGCGGAGGAUUUCGCGAUGAAGUACAACUGGGACAGCCUGCACACGGUGGCGGACGGUGAGUUCUACAUGGGAUCGGCUACUGACGCCACGCUGAAGGCUCUUGGUGGCGCUAAAAGCGGCAGUAGUACUGCGGGAAAAUACCACGAACCGAUUGAGUACAUCGUGCGUGACAAGAAGAAGCAGAAACCGCUCAUCUUCUCCAAGGUGAAGCCCAUCAAGACGGUCACGAUCUACAAGUCUACUCACCGCUCGUCGGACGAUAUGGAGGGUGGAUUCGAGCCGAUGAUCGGUGUGCAGCCGCAGAUGGAUAAGAAGAGCGAGCUGCCUGGAGGAGAUGACGAGUUCUACUACACCAACGAGGCGUUGCCUGAUCCGGAGGAUGACCCAACAAAGGCUACGAAGAAGAAUGCCGUGUUCAUGCCGGGUCAUGGGAUGGGAGGACGUAUGCCAGGUCAGGGCAUGAUGCUGAAGCUGCCCCAAGGAGCUGUUCCGGUGCGUGAACCUCACGGACAACAACCACAGGACAUGGACAUGAGUGCGGAACCAUCGAAAAAGCAUCAGUACUUUGUGCUGUACCACAUCGAGGACAAGGAGAAGAAACCGGUGAGACCACACGUCCAGCAGGCGCCUCCACCACCUCCGAGUCCGCCAAAACAAGAGAUCCACUACCACUACAACGAGAAGGAGUCGGAAGAACCCGAAGUGACACACGAGCACUACAACUACCACCACGAAGAGACGAUUGAGGACUCGGAUGAUGACAUCCAGCAUCAUUACGUCAACCCGAAUUACGGCAAGUUCAACUACCGGCCUAACCUAGCGCACCCGUCAUUCCAGCGGCCAUUGCGUGAUAGUAUGGCUGCGGGUAGCGAGGCCACUCUGAAGGUGGUAGAUCCUGAUGUAAAGCACGCGAGACCACUCGAGAUCACCAAGCAGGAGUACAUGCGUCACGUGCAGAACGCUGUGAUGCGGUACAUGCGUCAGCUGCAGGAAGAGGGCCGUCUACCGGUGAUCGCAUCGAGAGAUUCCGAUGACACGCACAAGGCGUUUGAGGAGAUCGACCUGUCGGCAUUGCUCAACGGAGGGCCUAAGCAGAAGUUCCAGCUGAACACGCCGGUACGUACGAACGUGCCAACGAGUCCGAGCCACUACAAACCGAUGAAGUCGGUCCCGAGUUCGUCGACGUACAAGCCGACAGGUUCGCCGCAGACCGUGAAGCUGGGCAAGAACACGUACACGGCCGGUAAGCCGUUGAAGGUGGCCAUCGAGAGCAUGCAGGACACUCUGAGUAGCAACGUGGAUCUCACGGUGAAAGGUAACAAGCAGCCAAUCAAGCCUGACCUCUCUGCGAUCGAUGUGGGGCAGUCGUACUUACACGGACCGACUUUCGACCAUACGGGUCCAGCCACGAAAGGUAGUCACGGGUAUGACAGUUCCAGUGUGACACCAGCCAAGGCGAAGUUGCACUUUAAUCAACAAUCGCACCAUGACAUCAACACGAUGUUGAACGCCAAAGAAGGCAGCUCGCAUGGGCUGCGGACGGCUUUGAAAGGAUCGUAUCUAGACCACGCGUCCAACAACUUCGGUUCGAUCAAGGGUGGAUCGGCAAACGUUGGAGCAUCGAUUAGCUUCGGUAAUGGUGGGUUGCCGAAAGGAAUGGCUCACAACAGCGAGGACGAUAACAAGAUCGCUCCCGAGGCGCUGGACGCACCGAUCCAGAUCAUCAAUGGCAUUCCCAUCACGAAUCCGUACAACAUUGACAUCAACACGUUGAGGUAUAUGCUGGGAGGUCUAGCACAGGCUCAAGCUGAACAGCAGCAGCAGCAACCACAUCCACCAAAAGAACCGGCCUUGAAGCUGAAGGGUUCGAACUGGAUGUCGCUUCCAACGAUGGCCAGUUCGACGCAGGUGUUCUCCUCGCAUAUACCCACCUUCCAGCAUCCUCCCUCGGAGGUGAACAACUACAAGUACAACUCUAACUUCGAUGCGAGCAACUUCAAGAUCAAGUUCCCUAAGAACCUCAAGCUCAAGACCUCGCCAACGAGUGCCGGAGAUGCCGUAGCCAGUGGAUCGAUGAGCUACGCCUCCUGGGGAGAACCGCCAAGGACGCCUAACCAAGGUAACGCUAACCACUACAACCAUGGCAACGGGAACAACAACCUCAACCAUGGAAAUGGCAACCAAAAUGUCCAAGUAGCUGGCAACCGUCCGUCACUGACAGUUCAGAACCAUCACCAUCAUCAGCAACAAAUGCAACAGCAGGUUCAACAGCAGGUGCAGCAGCAGAUGCAACAACAGGUGCAGCAACAGAUCCAGCAGCAACUACAGCAACAACAGCAGCAUCAGUUCUUGCGACCGACGCGAGAAUUCAACCCGGAGCUGUUCCUCAAUCCUAACGGGCAGCUGUUCCAGGGGUUGCUGAAGCAGAGCCCGAUUAUGAGCAAGAAGGCGGCGACAAGCGAUUGGAAACCGACAACGGUGAAACCAACCACGGGACCGUCGAAGGCGAUGAAGAUCGACACAAGCCUGCGGCCACCGCCACCGGUUGUGAAGGGUUAA